GCUGCAGGGUAGGAGAGUGGAGGGGCGGCGGGGCGGGGAGCCGGGAGGCAUGGCGCGGCCCGACGAGGAGGAGGAGGGGCCGGCCGUGGCGCCCGGGCACCCGUUAGCAAAGGGAUACCUUCCGGUGCUGAGGGGCGCCCCGGAUGGGGAGGCGCGCACGGAGCCGCCUGAUGGGCCCGAGGCGGAGAACGGAGGCCCGGGUCACGGCUCCGUGGUCGCGGGAGCUCCGGACGGGCCGCAAGGCCUGCUGGCGGCGGCGGAGGAGGAGGAGACCCAGGCCCGGCUGCUCCCCGCGGGCGGUGGGGAGGACGGCCCGGGCCCCACGCGCUCCCCGCGCACGGCGCUGUCGCCGCGGCGCUUCGUGGUGCUGCUCAUCUUCAGCGCGUACUCGCUGGUCAACGCCUUCCAUUGGAUCCAGUACAGCAUCAUCAGCAACGUGUUCGAGGGCUUCUACGGUGUGUCGGCGCUGCACAUCAACUGGCUGUCCAUGGUGUACAUGCUGGCCUACGUGCCCCUCAUUUUCCCGGCCACCUGGCUGCUGGACACGCGAGGACUGCGGCUCACGGCGCUGCUGGGCUCCGGCCUCAACGGCCUGGGCGCCUGGGUCAAGUGCGGCAGCGUGCAGCGGCACCUCUUCUGGGUCACCAUGCUGGGGCAGAGUCUGUGCUCCGUGGCCCAGGUCUUCAUUCUAGGCUUGCCCUCUCGCAUCGCCUCGGUGUGGUUUGGACCCAAGGAGGUGUCGACGGCUUGUGCCACCGCGGUGCUGGGCAACCAGCUUGGAACUGCAAUUGGCUUCUUGUUGCCACCUGUUUUAGUGCCCAACACACAGAAUAACACAGACCUUCUGGCUUAUAACAUCAACACCAUGUUUUACGGAACAGCAUUCAUCUCCACACUUUUAUUUUUUUUAACAGUAAUUGUGUUCAAGGAAAGGCCUCUGUUACCACCAAGUCAGGCUCAGGCAGCUCUGAGAGACAGUCCUCCUGCGGAGUACUCCUACAAGACUUCUAUCUGGAACCUCUUCAGAAACAUCCCCUUUGUUCUCCUGCUGAUCAGUUAUGGUAUUAUGACUGGAGCAUUUUAUUCAGUUUCAACAUUAUUAAAUCAAAUGAUAUUGACACAUUAUGAGAGAGAAGAGGUGAAUGCUGGAAGAAUUGGGCUAACGCUGGUGGUAGCUGGAAUGGUGGGCUCUAUUCUUUGUGGCUUAUGGCUGGAUUACACCAAAACCUACAAGCAGACGACUCUGAUCGUGUACAUCCUGUCUUUCAUUGGGAUGCUUAUAUUUACUUUCACGCUGGACCUUGGGUACAUCAUUGUGGUGUUUGUCACUGGGGGCUUCCUUGGUUUCUUCAUGACCGGUUACCUCCCUCUGGGCUUUGAGUUUGCUGUUGAGAUCACUUACCCUGAGUCUGAGGGCACAUCCUCUGGACUCCUCAAUGCUGCUGCACAGAUAUUUGGAAUUUUAUUCACAUUGGCUCAAGGAAAGCUCAUGUCCGACUACACACCUCAAGCAGGAAACAUUUUUCUCUGUGCCUGGAUGUUCUUAGGCAUCAUUUUGACAGCAUUGAUCAAAUCUGAUCUGAGAAGACACAACAUAAACAUGGGGCUUACAAACGGUGACAUGAAAGCGGUGCCAGUUGAUAGUCUGAUAGAUGAGAAACCAAAAGUGGUGAUGUCUAAGCAGUCAGAAUCUUCACUCUGAAGAGGGGAAGGCACCCGCCCUCAGCGUGGGGAUGUGGCAUCGUCCUUGGGGAGCUGUGUGAGUGGUGAGGACACUUACUUGGAAAGUAUUGGGGGAACUCUGGACUCUGAAUAUCAUUUUGGUUUAUUGUUAUUAAGCAACAUUUUGCUUACAUCUCAACACUACCAUUUAUCUAAUAUUGUCUGUUUUCAGCUGUGUAUUGUGUCUAUGAAAGUAACAUUUUUGACAUUUUUCUCAGGAUUUUUUUUUAAUGGGGAAUUUAGAACCAUAAGGCAGGUAAGAGUGUGUGCAGUUCACAUGUAAACAUGUCCAGUGCAUUUCCAGUUAGCUGUCAUCUCACUGGAAUGGCCACAUCAGGAAACUGACCCACUGGAGGACAGGAUGGGAUCAGGAUCCCAGAGAAGUCCUCCGAUGUUUCCCAUCCUUUAUACUCUUGUUAUACACUAUGUUGGUUCUGUGCCACAAAAAAAAACAAAAAACAAAAAAACAAAAACAAAAAACAGUUGUAUGCACAGAUUAAAUUCGUUACACUCUGGUUAGAUGAAGCACAUGUAGAUCAUCUGGAGUUCCUCUCUGUGCUGCCUUCAUACAAAUACUGUAUUUUUCAGUGCAACUUGAAAUAGAAUACCUUUAUUUUUACUCAUCUGUGUUACAAGCUAGCUCAUGAUUUCUUUUCUUUUCUUUCUUUCAGCCUGAUCUACAGAGUGAAUUCCAGGACAGCCAGGGUUUCUCUGUGUAGCCCUGGCUGUCCUGGAAUUCACUCUGUAGAUCAGGCUGGCCUUGAACUCACAGAGACCCACAUGCCUCUGCCUCCCAAGUGCUGAAAUUAAAGCCGGUGGUUUCUUAUGUCACAUCUGUAUUUGCCGUGGAGAUGCCUAAGACAGGGAGUCUGGGCUAACUUCACAGAGCCCAUGUCUCUCUAUUCUGCGGAGAGCCCUCGAAAUACUAAGUGCUGUGUUCCAGGAUCAUUUCUCUGACCAUCAUCCUCUGAGUAAUGCCAGCCUUUGCACAUGUUCUUGAGUGCUGGGGACAGCUUCUCCUCCACUACAGAGUGUAUGUAGAACCACUCUGUGGAUAUCGUAUCUCUUUUACAUGCUCAGGGCAAGGAGAAUGGGACCAAGUGAGUUUUCACAGUGCCUACCACUGUGUCUUGUUUACAGUGAGAAUUAAAUGUCAUUGAUGUUCUGACUCUAAGCAUAUUGUCAUGUCAUUUGAGCAACAAUAAUAUUUAAAUAGUGUAAUUUUAUAAAUUUUAUUAAAAAUUUAUGUAAUAUCAAAAUGCAUGAAGAAAAGCCAAUUAUGUAAUGAAUAUGUUUGAAGCAAAUGCAAGUUUGAUUUAGGCAAAAUAUGCAUUGAUUUAUUUUGAUAUUAUAUUAUUCUCUUUUAUCAAAUUACUAUAAAUUAUGUGGAAUCUGACACUGGAAAAUGUAUUGGAAGAACUUAAUAUCACUCAGCAUCAGGAAUUCUGGUUUUGUGUCCUUGGUGUUUCUAGCAUGGUAACUCUGGACACUUCAUUUAACCUCUCUGGCAGAAUUUUCGUGAUCAGUGAAAUGAAUGCUUUCACUUUGAUCUAAAACAGUGGUUCUCAACCUGUGAGUUGCGACCCUUCUGGGAGUUGAACGACCCUUUCACGGGGAUUGCAUGUCAGAUAUCCUGCAUAUCAGAUGUUUAUAUUAUGAUUCAUAACAGUAGCAAAAUUACAGUUAUGAAGUAGCAAUGAAAUAAUUUUAUGGUUGAGGGAUCACCACAACAUGAGGAACUGAAUUAAAAGGUCACAGCAUUAGGAAGGUUGAGAAUCACUGAUCUAAAAGAUCUUUCAAAAAUAUUGUCACUCAUCAUGGAGUAGACCACAGGAACUUAGAAAUCUAGCUAGAGAACAACUCCAUGGACAACUGAAUAAACAAUGUGAUUGCUCCUGUGUAGAGACAGGGGACUUUCAAGUAGCCUUUUAACCUUUGAGUCAGUCUGUAGUAGUUCAGGCAGAAUCUGUGUAAUCAAUAACUUCUUGUGAUAUUUAUGUCACAGGUUAAAAAUGACCAAAAACAGUCUCCCCCAACUGUUUCUGUUUUUAAACUGACAGUGCUGUUUACAACAAUCAUGUGCGUUUUUGCGUCCUGGAGCUUUGAACAAGUCACAGAUGGAAGUUAUGACUCAAUGUCUGAAAGCGUAUGUGUGCUUUGUUUGUCACUGUUUGGAAAGGGAUAAAGUUUGAUGUAAUAAUGCAAAAUGAAUUAAUGAUGUUUUCAGUAUUUUAAGUGAAUGUUAUGGAUACUAUGUCAGGUGAGAAUUUGAUAUAAUUCUGUGUCAUGGUUUUAGAAAUAGUGAUUAUCACCUGUGUCAACUUUAGCCAGAUGAUUUUAGGAACAAAAUUAGAUGUUCUCAAAAGCUGUUGCAUUUGUAAAUACUGUGAACAUAGCUUUUGUCUUUUGAGAAUGUUGGAGAACGUCUUGUGUGAGAAGGUUUGUGUUAGUACCUGGAACAGUGCCUGUGUCUGAUGUCUUAAUUCCUAUUCUUAUUUUUGCUAUUUUUAUAAUUUCAUUAUGUGCUUGUUCUUCAUUAUUUCAUACUUGAAAUAAAUUUAUUUUUUUUAAUGCUA